CAUAUGGACGAAAAUUUGAACAGUUUAAAAUAUAUCGCUACGUAUCUUUGUUCAUACUGUAUAUAAUGCGAGACGCCGCUUGCGCCUUACCGUUAUUAUAUGUCAUUUACACUCAGCCACUUCCCUUGCCACUCGCGUCGCCGCGAAUGUUGCCGCGGCAGUGUCAACGCGAGUGUGUCGUUUACAUUCAGCCCUCAUACUUCUUUGCCGGGCGACUCGCAAACAUGGCUGACGUCGAGGUUGUUGCGGCGACAGCUGUAUGUCUACUUAGUUUAUUGAAUUAUUUAAACGUUUUAAAAAGAAAUCAGAAAAAAAGACGCUAUCGCCAAAGAAGAUGGUGGAUGAAAAAAAUUCAUCUGAAUCGAACGACGUAAGUACUACUAUAACUACCUGUAAAGUGCAUACACUUUUGAUAAUAGUUUAAUAAAUGAAUUCAUGAUGAUUAUAUUUUUGUUACAGAAACAGCAUGAAUAUUUUUUUAUGGAGUUGACUUCCGAAGAUGCUGCCGAGUUUUCUAACUUUUGCAGAAUGUCACCUUCUGAUUUUAAAUUCUUGUUACAUAAAAUUACAUUUAUGAUUGAAAAACAGCAAACGAGACUGCGAAUGCCCAUACCAGCAAAAAUACGUUUGGCAAUAACAUUACGAUAUUUAGCAACGGGGGAUAGUUACAAAAGUCUCCACUACUUAUUCAAGGUUUCUACACCAGCCAUUUCGUUAAUUAUUCCUGAAGUAUGCAAAGCUAUCAACUCUGUUCUCAAGGAUCAAAUUAAGUUACCACAAACACCAGCGGAAUGGUUAAUUAUAGAAGAAGGAUUUAGAAGGAAAUUUCCUCGAUGUGUCGGAGCUAUAGAUGGGAAGCAUAUUGUAAUUAAAUGUCCUCCACACAGUGGCUCACAAUAUUACAACUAUAAGCAUACAUAUAGCAUCGUACUAAUGGCUCUAGUUGACAGUGAAUACCGUUUUAUUUUUGCUGAUAUUGGUGCCCAGGGACGUAUUAGUGAUGGAGGAAUUUUUCAAAACUGUUUACUCUGGCAAAAAAUUGACGCAGGCACUAUUAAUUUGCCACCAGACGCGCCCUUACCCGGAAGAGAAAUUGAUGUACCCUAUGUAUUUCUUGGUGAUGGAGCUUUUGCUUUACAUAAACAUAUAAUGAAACCCUUUCCUGGUAAUUAUAAUUUUAACACAAUGGAACGCACUUUUAAUCACAAACUUUCGAGUUCUCGUGUCAUUGUAGAAAAUGUCUUCGGUAUUUUAACAACUGUUUUUCGAAUAUUUAGAAAACCAAUCGAGAUCGAUAUAGAGAAUGUACCAACAGUAACAAUGACCUGUAUUUUAUUACAUAAUUUUUUAAAAAACAGUAAAACCUCUAGUAAUAUUUACGCUCCUCCGGGAACUUUUGAUUCCGUAGUAGACGGAGUAAAUAUUGAUGGCUCUUGGAGACAAAAUCAAACCAACCCAGAUAAUUUAGCUAUUAGGCCAAUAGCGGAUGUACCAAGACGCUCAUCUAGAAACGUUUGUGAAAUUCGAACUGAAUUUGCGCAUUAUUUUCAUAAUUUGAAUACAGAAAAUAACUAAAUAUAGUAGUAAUACUAUGUAAGCUGUAAUAAUCAUCUAAUUAAAAAUGUUUAAUAAAUUUUA